UUGUAUUUUACAUCUGCACGGAAAUGCGUGUUGUGACAAAAAGUGAUGACUUGGCGCCUGAAAAAAAAAUCAACAUUUUGGAAGGUUGAGAAUUUGCGAAUCAUAGGAAAUUGGUCAUCGAUGGGCUGAGGCGGAAAUUAAUGUGUCAGAUCUGACGAAGACCUCUGCCUGCCUGUCCUGGUGCUGAUGUACCUGACAGCUGCACUGAUAUCGCAAGUGCACGCCUCCCCUCUUCUUGAGUCUUCGGGAGAAUCUGAAGACUUCCUCGGAACAACUGAAGAUCCCAGUGAUGCUGCAGUAUUGAAUCUUGAACCUUUGGCCCUGUUCAUCUGGAACAUUGCCAUGGAACAGCAGAAACAGCAGUUAUGCGACUAUUUUCUCAUGUGCAAUGGAAGUGCAAGUUCACUGGAGAUAUACAGAAUGGACCUCCCACAGAUUCGAAAGAGGGAUAAAUGUUUCCAAGAAAACUUCCAAAAGAAAAAAUGUUUAUCCAAGAUUAUCAAGAAAUUUCAGGAGUACAAAAAGUACCUGUUAUUUGUGCGACAGUGGAUUAAGCAUGAUAGUCGUCAAGUGGAUGCAAUGCUGAGCAGUACAAAGAUUUUGGUUGACUUGCUCCCACUGGAGAGCCACAUCCGUGAACGCAUUGCUCAGCAGGAUAAAAGUAAUGGGGCGGCUUUCAUUCAGGAGCAAUCUUCAAAGAAGGACUGGGAUAAGCAAGUGGCAAUUCACGUGAUUCUUAAAAACUUUGUUCUCUAUAUGGAGAGUACUGUUCGAGUUGUUCGAUUCAUUAAAUUCAUUCCUACAACUGUUUCUUUAUAAGAGCAAUGGCAACAAUGUAUGAACGUUCUAGUUCACAUAUGUUUCGUAAAAUUUACUUUUAUGGUAAAUAACACCAUUGUUCUACGUUCAGAACCAAUUGUUUUUGGUUUAUGUUCAUUUCUGUGAAAAAUGAAAAUUAUAAAUUUUAUUGGCCUAUUUAUAAUAUUUUAAUUGAGUAUUUAUUUUGCAGAACUAUCAGUUUAAUAUUGUGGUAAAAAUCCAGUUUUAUCAUUAUGCUCCUUAAAUCUACCAAAUUAUAUUUUUGUGCUAUGGUUGUAAUUGAAAGUCAAUAAACUAAAAUAAAUUAUGAUAUUUCAAAUUUAGUUUCUCUAGCAUUCUGUUGUUCAUGAGCUAAUUGUCAAAGUAUAACAUGGUCUAAAAAUAAGAGGAUAGGGCAGUAAUUUGGAAAUCCAGUUGGAUAUUAUGGUGAUAUCCUCAUCCGGUUGGAUGUUUAAACCAACAACUCUAGAUCCUAACUCCUGCUACAAUUAGUCUGAUAAGUGAAAAAAAGGGUCAAUUAGAACUAGCCUCACUCCACACGAAGUCUCACUGGGUAUCCAGGCACCAAGCUGAAAUCUGCACCACAAACCAAAGUCUUCAAGUACCAAAUCUGGAAUGAUUUCAUGCAGGUUUUCAUGCAAGAUAAUGUCAACUAGUUUGGGAGAGAAUUAUGCUUCCAAGCCAAUUAUGUGUUGACUUUUAGAACGUGACCUUUUCUACAGAAAUGGCAGAUCUUUGAUUGUUGUUAUAGAAACAGAAUCAAAGGUCUGAUGGGAAUGUUAAAUAGUAUUAGUAAAGUGAAAAGUCCAGUAAGAUGAAAAAUACCCUGGACGUAAUGGAUAUGACCACAUCAUCCGACCCAUUUCAAAAUGAUCAUUGCUUUGGAGGAUGUAUUGGUUAGAACUUCAAUAAGUUAUUAGAUGGUAGAAUGCCUGCCAGAGAUUGGAAUGUGCAAACAUUACUUUGUCAUGCUAGAUUGCACCAGGAAAUAAACCAGGCAGAUGCAGACCAAUUAAACUGACACCUGACACAUAAAGAAUAGUAGAAUAUUAUUCACAACCAGGUAGUGAAAACUCUAAAGGAGAGAAUCCACAUCACUUAUAACAGGGAAGUGUCAUUUGACAAUAUUUUUGGAGGUGUCAUUUGAGAAUGGAUGAGAGGGAUUAGUGGAUUGAAUGCAUCUGGAUUUUCAAAAACAUUUAAUAAGAUGAUGCACAGCAUAUUACUUAAAGAAGUUUAUGCCUCGUGGCAUUGAGGAUUAGUUAAUUGGUAAAAAUGAACAAAAGAAUAAUGGACUCUACAGGGUGUAGCUCGUGUGGAGAAUGAGCAUCAGUUGGGCCUCAGCUAUUUGCAGCCAAUGUUAAUAACAGAUUAAGGGAAAAGGUGUAAUUUCUCAAUGAUUUCCAAGUAUAUAAAUCGUUGGAAAUUAAGCCAUGAGCCAUAACUGGUCAUUGUAAAUUGUUCCAAGCAUAUGGGUGAAGGACACAAUCUAAGAGGAGUUUAGUUUAGUUUAGAUAUAUAGCACGGAAACAGGCCCUUCGGCCCACCAAGUCUGCGCCAAUCAACGAUCACCCAUAUAUUAGUUAAUUAGUUCCAUCUUACACAAUUGAGACAAUUUACAGAAGCCAGAGCACAUAGAAACAGAAUCAAGGGUCACGGACAAAACCCAUGCAGUCACAAGAACGUACACACUCCAUACAAACAGUACCAGUUGUCAGGAUUGAACAAGGGUCUCUGGUGCUGUAAGGCAGCAACUUUCCCACUACACUACUUUGAUAAGAUGUAAUUAGUGUCGAUAUAAGCUUGAUGUUAGAUGCAGACUUGAUGAAGUGCCUGUUUCAUGCUGCAUAUCAGUCUAGGAUGUAUGGAAGUUAAGUGAUGAACUCGGUAAAAACAAUAUGAAAAACUGUUAAGAUUGCUACCAUAUAAAAAAAAUAGAAAACCAUAUGAUUUAAAUGGUGAUCAUGGGAAAUAUUUGGCUCAAGAGAGAUGUGUAGGAAAGAAGGAUCUUGAACCGAAACUUUCUUGAUGACGGCACGUCUGACUAGGAUCAGAUCCAGUUGAUGCCAAUGCUUUGACCGUGGGUGCCUCCAGGUAACCUUAUGCUGGGGCUUUGUCUGGAAGUACGAGUUGGCGAUGCACAGGUCAUGGUAAGUGCACAGCUCAAGCAGUCGCUCUCCGUUCUGAUUCAUUUUGCCCACACCAAACUGCCCAAGACAGGAAGACCACGAUUUGUGGUCUGCACCCACUCUGGCGUUGAAGUCGCCCAGGAGAACAAGUUCAUCCUUGCUGGGGAUGCUGCUGAUGAUAGAUAUGAGGUUCUCAUAGAACCUGUCCUUUGUGUGUGACAUACACGCUGACAAGAGUGACUGGGCCUGCGGUGGUGUUGAGGCGGAGAGUCAGGAGUCGCUCUGAGCCAUUACUGCCUGGUUCCACCAUGUUCAGCAUUACUGCCUGGUUCCACCAUGUUCAGCUGUUCCUUACUGUGAAGCCUACUCCAUGCUCUCUGGGCUUGUCAGAGUCCUUCCCCUGCCAGUAAAAUGUGUACUCCUUCUCCUUCUCCCUUCUCCUUCUCCUUCACUGUGCCCGGGUUUGCCAGCCUUGUUUCCUGAAGGGUGGCUAUGUCUACAUUGAUUCUCUUGAGUUCGUCGUUUAUGACAUCUGUUUUCUUGGAAUCGCUGAUGUCCUGUAGGUUUUCAGAGAGGCUGGUCAUCAUUGUCCGGACAUUCCAAGUUCCCAGUAUUGGAGCUGGUCUGUAGAGGAAAUUGUGAUAUAAGGAAAGUCCACAAUUAAGUUGCAUUAAAACAGGUGAGUUUAGAGGAAGUGGAUGAAUUUGUUUUGAUCACCAAGAAUAUUUAGGUUCUACAAUAAGUCUAUGUUUUCUUGUUUGUAGAAAAAUAAAAGAUAAUCCAGUUGAAACAUACAACAGUCUACCCUUGUUAUUAUGAGUCUCUUUGUAACAUAUUUUGGUUACAGCAGACGGAGCAUCCCCACAAUAAUAGGUACGGGAAUCCCACAGUGUGGGAGGCCAUUGUAAUUGACAAACAAUUGCUUCCUUCAACACUUGUGCAAUGAUACUCUAUUAAAGAAUGUAACAAACAGCCUUUAGCAUUUUUUGUAUUUUUAGCUUGCAGUAACAAAAAAAACAUUUUUCACUGUUAAAAAAAACUUGCUGCACUCAGCAGGUUAGCCAGCGUCUUUGGAAGGAGAAACAGAGUUAACAUUUAAUGCCGAUGUCCUUUCACCAUAAACUCCGGGCGGGCAGUUGGUCGUGGGAAUUUCACAUGGAGCGAGACAGAGUUUCUGCAUCCUCUCACACCACCACCCCAACAUCCCAGACCUCACAUUUUGUUCUUGACCUCUGAAUGCGGGAAUCAGCAACAGCAGUUAUUGGCGUUCCCCAGCUGCGCUGGACAAGGUGUACAUUUAAGCAAGAACUAUAAAACCAGGAUGGAGACUAAAAAAAAAGAAACAUGACAAUUAGGAUUUAAUUUAGUUUAGAGAUGCAGCGCGUAAACAGGCCCUUCGGCCCACCAAGUCCAUGCCGACCAAAUGUCAACCGUACACUAAUUCUAUGUUUUAACAGUUUAGCAUCCAACUGACCAGAGGCAAUUUACAGAAAUUGCCUACAAACCUGUACAUCUUUGGAAUGUGGGACGAAACCAAAGCACUUGGAGUAAACCCACACAGUCACAGAAAGAAUGUGCAAACUCCGUACAGAUAUGACCCGUAGUUGGAGCCAAGACUCUAGCGCUGUAAGGCAGCAACUGUACCACUGCGCCUCUGUGCUGCCUGUAGAUGUAACUGGAUGUAAUUAAAAGGGGAAACAGUUAAAGGUUAAAAAUAUUUGUAGUGGGAAGUAGAAAUGUAGCUGUCUUGACAGAAAAGGGAUGCUUUAAAUACAUAUAGAGCUGAAUGACAAAUAGCAGAAUUCCAAUGAAGCAAAGACAAUAGAAGCAAUAAAAUAGCUAUAAUUAUGGAAGUAUUAAAAUAUCAAUACUCUGAGAAGGAAUGAGUUGCCUUCGAACUUGCAAAAUACCAUGCCAGAUGAUCAAUUUCAAACAAUGACAACUUAAAGUGCAAAACAACGAUCAUUCUCUCCUCUGGCACCUUCACCAAAUAACUUGAAUAUGUAUCCUCUGGUUGAUGACAAGUCAAUCACAGCCCUCAUCAAUCCUCCUUACUUAGAGUUCACAUUAGUCAGAUACCACUGUUCCAUAACGAAUCCAUGUUGACUAUCUCGACAUCUACUACAAACCCACUGACUCCCAUGGCUAUCUGGACUACACUUCUUCCCACCCUGCUUCCUGUAAGGAUUCUAUCCCCAUACUCCCAAUUCCUCUGUCUACGCCUCAUCUGCACCCAGGAUGAGGUGUUCCAAACCAGGGCAUUGGAGAUGUCCUCGUUCUUUACGGAACGGGGGUUCCCCUCUUCGACUAUAGAUGAGGCUCUCACCAGGGUCUCCUCUAUACCCCGUAGCUCCGCUCUCACUCCCCAUCCCCCCACUCACAAUAAGGGCAGAGUCCCCCUUGUCCUCACCUUCCACCCUACCAGCGGUCACAUACAACAUAUAAUCCUCCGACAUUUUCGCCACCUCCAAUGGGAUCCCACCACUGGCCAUAUCUUCCCAUCCCCUCCCUUUUCGGCUUUCCGCAUAGACCGUUCCUUCCAUAACUCCUUGGUCAAUUUGUCCCUUCCAACCCAAACCACCCCCUCCCCUGGUACUUUCCCUUGCAACUGCAGGAAAUGCUACACUUGUCAUUUUACCUCCACCCUCGACUCCAUCCAAGGACCCAAGCAGUCUUUCCAGGUGAGGCAGAAUUCGCCUGCACCUUCCCCAUCGUCAUGUGUUGCAUCCGCUGUUCCAGGUGCCAACUGCUCUACACCGGUGAGACCAAGCACAGGCUUGGCGAUCGCUUCACCCAACCACCUCCGCUCAGUUUGCAAUAACCAACCUGAUCUCCCGGUGGCUCAGCACUUCAACUCCCCCUCCCAUUCCGAAUCCGUCCUUUCUGUCCUGGGCCUCUUCC